AGUCAGCGAGAGAGGGGAAAGUGUGUGAGUGUGAGGGUGUGAGGUCCAGAGUCUGUGCUUGUGUUUGUGUGUGUUAGUGUGAUUGUGUGUGUGUUACAGAGAGAGAGAGAGAGAGAGACAGUCGCGGUCUCUGUCGGUGUAGGAGAAACCAGGCAGCCGGUGCCGUGUUUUAAAGUGAACAGCACAUCCUGCACCGCUCCUCUGCCUCUCUUUGGAUUAUACCACCAACAGGGAUUCACCCUUUGGACUAUCCCGACGCUUCCUCCUCCUCUUGCCUUUGAAGGGAACACCUGUGUGUGGUGUGUGUGUGUGUGUGUGUGUGUUUGUGUGUGUGAGCCAAGACAACGGACUUAGCCCUGGAUGACUUCAGUGGAUGAGGGUUUGGCCGGGGGAAAGAGGGGGACUGCUGACCAUGGACUCCCCUCACUAGCAAACGGGGUCAGUGCCUGUAAAUCUGUUGCCUUUCUCCCCGUCGUUCUCCAGGGUGGAGAGGAGGAGCCGGUUUGUCCGGUCAUCAUGUGCACGCGGGCCUAUCCUGACCCCGUCCCUGAGUGCCAGCUGUUCCCGGGAGAGGUGGAGGAGCCAGAGGAGGAGGUGGCAGACGAGGGCAGGGAGAGGGAAUCAGACAGAGACAGUGCCGUGGAAAGCACCCAAGGGUCAGACACGUCUGACGGCCUGAUCAGACCGGGGGACAAGGAAGACGUACUGGGGGAUCUCUUUUUCCCUGGAGAGAAGUGUGGUCACACCAGCAUCUCAGUGACAUCGGACCUAUCAACGCGUUCCUCUGCUUCUCUCAACGAGGAGCAGUUUGAGGACUACGGAGAAGGGGAGGAACCAGACUACACUCCCAGCAGCCCCUGCCCGGACGACGAGACUCGUACCAACGGAUACUCCGACCUUGGCUCAUCUGUUCCCUCCAGUGCGGGCCAGACUCCUCGUAAGGUGCGUCAGCAUUACACGGGUGAACUGAUGGAUGUCUACUGUUCACAGUGCAGCAAAAAGGUCAACCUGCUAAAUGACCUGGAGGCUCGCCUCAAAAAUCUCAAGGCUAACAGCCCCAACAGGAAAAUCUCCAGCACUGCUUUUGGAAGGCAGCUGCUUCACAACAGCAACUUGAGCAGCAGUAACGGCAGCACAGAGGACCUUUUCCGAGACAGCAUCGACUCCUGUGACAUCGACAUCAAUGAGAAGGUGACUUUUCUGGAGAAGAAGGUGGCAGAACUGGAGAAUGAGAUUCUGAUGAACGGUGAUCUCAAGUCAAAGCUGAAGCAGGAGAACACACAACUAGUACACAGGGUUCAUGAGCUGGAGGAGCAGCUGAAAGACCAGGAGACGCGAGCAGAGCAAAAUCUGCAAGAGGGGCUAAGACGACACCGAGAGGCCUACAGCAAGAUGGAGCGAGACAAGAACACACAGAUAGAGCUGCUGACCAGUCGAGUUAAGCUGCUGGAGGAGGAGAACAAUGACUUUUCUGUUAACAUGUGCCGCCUCAAAUCACAGACAGAGAAACUGGAUGAGGAGAAACAAAGGAUGACAGACAAGCUGGAGGACACCAGUUUGCGCCUGAAGGAUGAGAUGGACCUCUACAGGAAAAUGAUGGACAAACUGAGACAGAACAGACACCAGUUCCAGAAAGAGAAGGAAGAAAUGCAGGAGCUGAUAGAAGACCUGCGUCGAGAGCUGGAGCAUUUGCAGCUCUUCAAGCUGGAGACGGAAAGGCCGAGCCGAAGCCGAAGCUCUUCCUCUGGGCUGGCUGACUUCAGCUGCAGGAGCAGGGAGGUGGAGCUGGAGCAUGAGGUCAAGAGGCUCAAGCAGGAGAACCAGAAGCUGAGGGAGCAGAACGAUGAGCUGAACGGUCAGAUCCUCAGCCUCAGUCUGUAUGAAGCCAAGACCCUGUUUGCAACACAGACCAAGGCCCAGUCUCUAGCUGCUGAGAUAGAUAAUGCCUCCAGAGACCAGUUAAUGGAAGCCCUGAAGGAGCAGGAAGAGAUCAACUUACGUCUGCGACAGUACAUGGACAAAAUCAUCCUGUCCAUCCUGGACCACAACCCCUCCAUCCUGGAGAUCAAGAACUAGCAGCAACUCAACUGGAAUGAGAAUCGCUCCCGGUCUCAGGAGAAUGAGGAUCAUUCCAGUUGUUUAGAGCAGAACCUGGGUCAGGAAUCUGUAAAGGAAAGCAGAGAGAACCAGAGCCAGUCUUAGAAACUGGACCAUAUAAAUAGACAUGCAUCGCCCCCUGCUGUUUGUGUCAGGGAAAAGAACUUAUCUUGCAGAGAAGGUAAAAUGGGAUUCUGCGCAGAACUAAAGGGAGUUUUCUCAACCAGUGAUUGCUUUCUGACUGUAGAUCAUACUACCAUGACUCAUUAACUUGAUCUACCCUGCACUGUUUUUAUUCGCUGUCGAUGCUGUGAACUGUAGCUACUGUCACAACUUUGAACUGGUGAUCUUUUUUGCAGGAAUAUCCUGCACUCAACGUGUAUUGAGGAUCAACAAUGUCGCUCGAUGUAGUACACUGGACAUAUGUACCUCAGCAUAGAGACUGGAAUAAUAUAACAAACCCAAUGUGGGUCUUCUGUAUCCUGGUGUAGUAUUAGAUGUUUUAUCCACAGACAGAAUGUUUGCUGCGAUCGGAUGAUCGGACAAACAAGUUGGCAACCAGACUGUAAACCAGACUCUCAGAGGCAUGAAGGCAGACCAGUCGAGUGUCGCCUGAUCCCUAUACUGCCCAUCCUUUCUCCUCUGUCAUGUAGGUGUUCUCUGAAGAAUGCAUGUUGAUGAUGUAUUUGGACAGGCACGUUUUAAGAGAAGUUAGAGAAAAGUGGCAAGCGGUCAGAGAAAGAAAACAAUGUGAACCCUUAUAACUGCGAGGGAAGCCGAAGAUUUUCAGUCAGAAAGAAAGAGUAAAGCAUCCCUUCCCUUGAAGAGGUGGGAAGUCAGAUGAUAGACCAGGUAUGCUAGCAAAGGAGGGUUUCAGUGAAGUCGUUGAUGGCUAAUCGAAAGAGAAGAAUUGUGUUUAUUCUUGAGAACAUGUCUUCCAGUAACCUUGCAACAGCGCUUGCAGUGUCAAUCAGUCCAAUAGUGAAUCUUUUUCACUUAGAAGUGGCCCUUAGAUGGUUCAGGUGAGUAGUCGAGUGUCACUUUAUUGAGCAGAAGGUGCAACCAAGGAGUGUCUUUAAACUGUAACUUCCACGGCUGCUGUUUGCUAGCAGUACAUGAGCUUGAAAAAAUGGUACAUUGUUGCUAGCAAUAGACCCAAUGAUGUUGCACAGAAAUGUUAUGAAUGUACAGGAUGUGUGGUUGACGUGACUGGUAGCCAUUGUAAUAUGGUUCACUGAAUAAUCUCUCUAUGCUCAGCGAAAUCAUCUCAGAUAUUGUCCGUGAGCAUGCACAGGAGACUCACUUUUUGGUACAAAAGACUGGAUUAGCAAUCUCAUUGAAGCCUACAGGUUGCAGAUUGUUUUUAAACCCAGAUAGCUCUCUGAAGCUCUCUAAUACUGUAAAUAUUCUGAAUGUACAACUGGAUAUUUCCCUUUCUGUGUGGCCAGAUGGCUUUUUGACAUAAAAUCGCUGUAAUUGGUUAAGAAUCGUUGUAACACACAUGUACAGUAUUCAGUACUGUAAUGAAGAGGGCAUUUUUUUGAGAGGGGAAACAAUUACAAUCUGCUGUAUUAUGUAAUUAUUCUAAACUUGAGUUUUGCUUCCUUGCACAAAAAAAAGUUGUUUCCUUUUGCAUGGUUCACAUUUUCUUCUGUCUGUGCCUUUUGAGGACAUUUUUCAAGAUGAUGUUGCUAUAGAUUUACAUAGCUUUUUGAAGCUACAUUUUAUGUCUAUGUCUGACAUAUUUUCUUGAAUUGUAAAUGUUGUAAUUAUAUCGUGAUAAUUUGUAUUCAUGUGCCACUCACCACUCUUUUUCAGAUUGAUACUAUGAUAACUAUUUUAUACAGUUUUACCAAGAAAGAACUCGUGGUUGCUUAAGUGUCCUGUUAGAAAAGCGAUAUAGCACAAGGCUUUGUAUGGUACGCAAGCCAGGUUAGCAUUUUGAGAAUAUUUUGUUAAGGUAGUGCUUUUUUAAUGCAGUGGGGGAUGUUUUGUUGCAUUUCUCAAUGUUUUUGUUAGUCACAGUGAAUCCAUUGCUAUUCAAUUUGCUUUAAACCGGCUUUUUAUAUGGUUGCAAACUGUCUUCCUAACUUUAACUAAAUGGUGAGCAUUAUGAGCAAUAUUAACUUAUUUACCGAUACCUGCUGAUUUGUGUCUUGUUUUGCUUCACAAAUCGUUUCACUCUAUAGCUGCUCUAGAAAGUUCUAGAUCUUAAAAAAUUAAGUGGUACAUUAAGCUGUAAAAUUUGUCACAAACUCAUUUCUUGUAGCUCUUAAAUUUUAACUUAAUAGGGCUAUCUGAUGUGAUGUAGUCACUAUAAAUAGCAAUAAAAUGGCUUUGG